UGCCACUCGUUGCGCGUCCUUAUAAUUUGGAGAGGUGUAUGCAGCGCACGGCCCGAUCGCCUUUCCAGGUGGAAAAUCCAGGAGGAGCCCCGCGACCGAACUUAAACUGGGACGACUGGUGAACCCGGUUCAGGACAGGUGAAAUUCCCAGCAGGCUGCCGCCGGCGAGGCCACGGGAUCGAUUCGGAUGCGGGGGAAAAUGCAGCGCGGGUCAUGGAUGAAAUCUCGCGGCAGCAUCGCGGAGGUGUGACUACAACCAGCUGAAGUGUCUCUCAGGAGGAGUACCGGGGAUAUUUUCUCUCACUUGGAUUCGAGUGUUUGCGUUAAAACUCCAGAUUUUUUCCCCCCCCUUUUUUUAUUUGAUUUUUUAAAAUUAUUUUUAAAGUUGGUAUAUAUCUGCGAUGAAAAGGAAGCAGGGCGGAGAGGAGUCGGUCCAGCUGUGCUGAUUUGAAUGAGCUCCGUCUCGGACCAGGAAAGGACGCAGAGAACUGAACCGGCGCCGACAUGAAGGAGAAAUCCAAAACGGCCGCAAGGACUAGACGGGAAAAGGAGAACAGUGAAUUUUACGAGCUGGCCAAAAUGUUGCCUUUACCGUCGGCCAUCACGUCCCAGCUGGACAAAGCGUCCAUCAUACGGCUGACCACCAGCUACCUGAAGAUGAGAAUCGUUUUCCCUCAGGGUUUGGGUGAAGCGUGGGGUCACGCAAGUCGAACAAGGUCUCUGGACAAUGUUGGAAGAGAGCUGGGAGCUCAUCUGCUGCAGACGCUGGACGGAUUCAUCUUCGUCGUGGCUCCUGACGGGAAGAUCAUGUACAUUUCAGAGACAGCGUCGGUCCAUUUGGGACUGUCUCAGGUAGAGUUGACCGGGAACAGCAUUUAUGAGUACGUCCAUCCCGCCGACCACGACGAGAUGACAGCCGUCCUGACGCCUCAUCAGCCCUAUCACUCACAUUUCGUCCAAGAAUAUGAAAUGGAGCGCUCUUUCUUCUUGCGGAUGAAAUGUGUGCUGGCAAAAAGGAACGCAGGCCUCACCAGCGGCGGAUACAAGGUGAUCCACUGCAGUGGCUACCUGAAGAUCCGUCAGUACAGUUUGGACAUGUCUCCCUUCGAGGGCUGCUACCAGAACGUGGGCUUGGUGGCCGUGGGUCACUCUCUGCCGCCCAGCGCCGUGACCGAGAUCAAACUGCACAGCAACAUGUUCAUGUUCAGAGCCAGCCUGGACAUGAAGCUCAUCUUCCUGGACUCCAGGGUGGCCGAGCUGACAGGCUACGAGCCCCAGGACCUGAUAGAGAAAACCUUGUACCAUCACGUCCACAGCUGUGACAUCUUCCACCUCCGCUGUGCGCACCACCUCCUGCUGGUAAAAGGCCAAGUCACCACUAAGUAUUAUCGUUUCCUGGCGAAGCACGGCGGCUGGGUCUGGGUCCAGAGCUACGCCACAAUCGUCCACAACAGCCGGUCGUCAAGACCUCACUGCAUAGUCAGCGUCAAUUACGUCCUCACGGAUACUGAAUAUAAGGGAAUGCAGCUGUCCUUGGACCAAAUGAGCCCCACCAAGCCAGCCUUCCCCUACGCUGACAGUCACAGCGAAGACAGGAAGAGCACCAAGUCACGUCUGACACAGGCGAAGGCCAAAGCCAGAGUGUCACCCUACCCACAGUUUUCAGCGUUCAAUCCAGAGCGUUCGGAGUCAGACCAAGACAGCCAAUGGGGAGGCAGUCCGCUGACAGACUCUGCCUCUCCUCAGCUGCUGGAUCCCGGCGAGGCCGCCGAGGCAUCGUGUGCCUACAGACUGUAUCCAGACUCAGGCUCCCUGUGCUACGGCCUGGGUUUAUCAGAAGACGAUCUUGCCCAUGCACAAACACAUCCUCACACCACCACCUGUGACCGCGUGCGAUGCCAGAGCGGCCGCUACUUUCUAGGAACCCCCCAGUCGGGGAGAGAGGUGUGGUGGGACGCUACGCGCUCUGUGCUGUCGCUGCCGAAAUCGUCCGUGGAGAACAGCGAGGGCUACGAAAUCACUUCCUACCACGGAGCCAUUCACGGUCGGGGUCACUGGGAUGAAGACAGUGUCGUGAGUUCACCUGAUGGAGGCGGGUCCACCAGUGAUUCAGGUGAGCGUUACCACGGCGACCACUUUCGGGCAACCCCUCGAGAGCCCAGCAAGAUGGAGACACUGAUCCGAGCCACACAGCAGAUGAUCAAAGAGGAAGAGAGCCGUCUGCAGCAGCACAAGGCACCGCUGGAGGUGUCGGGACUCGCCAAGGCUCACAGCCCCUGCUUCAGCUCCUCGCUACCCCACCACUCCCAGAUCACCAUGCCCAGCGUGGUGUGCCGCGGCCCCGGAGCCCCCAACAUCGACCUCUCCUCUGACCGCCUCCAUCACCGGGACGCCGUCAAAGCGCUCGGCCCGCACGACAACGACGAGAACACGACCAGCCCGGCAUCUCUGUCUCGUCUCAGCAGCCCCAGCUCGGAUGGGAUCCCCAGGUCAGGCCUCUCCCUCACCAAAGACUACAUGCAGACGGAUCUGUCCCCCCACCCUCCGCAGCCCCAAGGGAGCCCGCUGAUCUAUCCAGCCCAGGAGAGGCAGCCCCUGGAAAGGCAAGCGGCCUAUGCUUUGACUGGGUACUCCCUGGAGCACCUGUACGACCCGGAGAACCUGCGGAGUUACUCGGGCCUGGCCUGCGGAGGGGUCCAGUACGACGUGGCAUCCCAUGUGAGGAUGCAGGCCGAGCAGAUGCAGGGACACAAGGCCACCUCAGUCAUCAUAACCAACGGGAGCUGACGAUAUCUGGUGCAGAUAGGUCCUGUUCUCGUGAAGAGGAUGUUGCAGUAAGGUGGUGCUUUGUGCACAUGCAGACACUGAACCAGGUGCUUGAAACAAACGGCUGGACAAUUAAAAAAAAUAAAAGAAUAUAAGGUACCUGCACUGGGUUGGUUAGCCUUGGUGGCUAACUCAGAGCAGUUGUGUUUUUCAGCUGUUGUAUCAAACCAUUCUCUCAUCUCUGUCAUCCAGGGAUGAUAUGAACGAGUGUUCGAGAGCUCACCUUCGGUAUGCCACUUCACAGGGUGGAGGUUUGCUCCAGUGUUAUUUUAAAAGGCGGUGAACUGAAUUUUCCCUGCCCCGCAAAGGCAACAUUGUAGUCCUGAGUCUGGUUAAACAUCAAGCCAUCGUUUCUGUUUCCAAACGUCUCACACACCACUGGCCACGCGAGUUAAUCUUUUCCGGACACGAUUUCCAAAGGCAGUCAGAAAACGCGUUGUUCCAUUGCCCCUUCACCUGAAGAAAGUCCACCACACAGAGCAUAAUGUUUGACACAUGAGGCGCAGCGUGGGAAAGACAAGCGCUCCCCUCUCGUUCGAUGUCGAUGUUUCCUGGUAUUUAUUUGUCAGUGGGCUGUUUUACUGUACACGUCAUUUUCUUUCUGUCCGAGUAGAAUCUUUUUUUUUUUUUUUUUCUGGUCACAAAAAGUUAUAGCUGUGGUGUUCUGAUUACACCGACAUUAGAUUUAAAAAAAAAUUAAAAAGUUAAAAAAAAUAAUGAAGUGGAAAAAACAGAAAGAAAGAAAUGCUUCUGAUAUUCUGAUAUGUAAAGGUGUAAAAUAUGCAGGUCAACUUGAAACUGUUUUAAUUGUAUGUGAAAUGCCCUCACUCCAGGUGCAAAGUGAGAUUACGAAACCAACACAUUUGUAAUCUCCCCGCGCUAUCUAAAUAUAGGCAUUGUAUGUAUUGACUUACAGUUGUGGCUAAAAGCGAUAUUGUUUACAUAUCAGAGUAUCAUUUUUCCUGUUUUUACCUCACCUGACCGCUACCCCAACCUGUUAGCAUAUGUAGAGUAUGCUUUUAAAAUCCUGCUGCUCAUGCAAUUGUUCUCAAAGGAAACCAUUUGUUUUCUGUUUCGUUUUGUCAUGACAGCCGAAAGAGUUAAAAAGAAUUGAUACAAACUUAUCUAAAAAAAAAAGAAAAAAAAAAAGAAAAAAGUAUGUUGAAUGUCUUUUGUUUUUCUUAUUUAAUUUAUGAUGUAAAUAUCACCACACAAUGAACUUUUGGAUAAGAAGUUACAAGAUUAUUUAUUCAUUGGUUUAAAAAAAAAAAGUCUCUUAAAUCUGAAUACAGUUGCAAACAAGUAACUUUUGUCUCCGUUGAUUUUGUCAUUCAGUGUUAUUUGUGAAAGCGAAACACACACAAGGCUGCUGCCUCAGAAAAAUGUGGAUUUGUGUGGAUGAUCAUCAACAAUCAAGAAAGGUCUGUACAACACAUUUUGAGAUGUAAGGAUCUGAAUAUACACUUGCAUAUAAAUUGUAAAUACAAAGUUAAUUAGUUAGUUUUCAUUUCCUAUAGUCAUUUCUAACAUUUAGCCCAUCCUGAACCGAACAACAAGACAGUUAGCUCUUUAUGAGAUAUGAUGUAUAAACAAAUGUAUGUAAAGAGGCUACAGCAGAUUUUAGAAGUUAAUGUCAAUGUAUUUUUAUGAGUUUGAUAUUGAUUGAUAUUAUAAUAUAAUAUUGAUAAUAACGAUCAUUAAUAAAUGGCAAAAUUAUAUUUACUUUCAGGUAAUAGUCAGUUAGUGUUUAUGUGAAUUGUUAAAAACCACUGUGCAGAUGGCCGUUAUAUUGUAACUAAUUUUAAUUAAUCAUGACAAAA